UUCCAGGAAUGAGCAAUUUGACCAAAAUCGUCCCGGAUUUCAUUCAGCAGGAAAAAUGCGAAGGAACUUGCAAUCCAGAUGCCGAGGGAGUAAACAAAGGGUGGAAAGUGGGAAAAACCAAGGGAUUUAAAUAUAGAAAAACGUUUGUUUUGCCUGAGAAGUCACAUUUAACCCUUGUCUGUCCCGAAUCCACUUUGGAGAACACGGUUACGUGGAGAAAACGUGGGAAAGCUCUCGUACCGGGCGAUUCAGGAAAUCCACAUCUUGUCGUAGACACAUUCAACACCUUGUAUCUCCUAGACGUAACCGAGAGUGAAGAGGGUAAUUAUACUUGUCAAGUAGACGACAUCAGAAUGCAACAAGUAACUGUUCACGUCUUUUCAAAGUCACGGUUGCUGACACAAGAACUUGUGAGACACUUGAACUACUUGGGCUUUGUGUUGUCUUUAACU